AGCAGGCUAGAGAGCUUCAACUUGCAGAGCAGACUGAAUGCAGGAUGGGUUCUUUCUUCAAUCUAUGACAACGCUGGAUACAGAAAAAGAAGUAUUUUGGAACACUGGAACAGACAAAGGCAAAGUAUGAGGUUGCUUAAAUUUUGAUUGAUCAGAUAAUCAGCAAAUUGGAUGUGACAACGUUAUUAUCACAGGAAAAGGUUAAUCUAAAAGGAUGGAGAUUGAUGCGAGCAAAAUUCCUCCAAAGCCUCCGAGGCUCCCAGUAGAGGAUGAUGUACUUGCAUCCCAGGUGCUGGAGAUCUUAGGUGGGACUCCUCUGCAGAAACUUGAGGAAACUGAAGAAAGAGACAUGUGGUCGAUGGAGGAGGGGGAUGACUCUGUGUUCUACAGUGACGAAGAACAACCUCAUGAGGACGUUCAAGCAAAAACAUCUGGUGGAAUUUCAAGCGAGUCAAAAAAAGUUGUCAACAGUGUGGCAGCUGAUGAACUUAACGCACAGAGGGAGGAGGGUCCAGCUGAAGAAUCCACUGUCAGCAGAGAGGAGAUGGAGAAGGAAAUUAGUCCACAGGUCAGUCUGACAGGGGACAGAGACAAAGAGCUCCAGUCUGAUGGAAACUCAGAGAAGUUUGAGAGCUCAUGUGAAGACUCCCAGCAACCAAACUGCACAAUUGCAGACAUGCAAACACAGCCUGGGGUUAAUACAUCAGCAGAAAAAGAAAAUCUCCAAGUUGAGAAGGAAGUUGUUCUAAAGGCACAGAUGGCAAACCUUGAACCUUUUGAUGUCACUAAUGAGACUAAUAAAAAGCUGAAUGGGGAGACAAAAGUCCCAGAGCAGAUGUGUAGAGCCGAAGUCCCGCUGUUGAGCGAUGCGCAGCAGAUUCAGACAGACCAGAGGCCAGAAAAGGACCUUAACUUCCAUGUUCCUGCGGGGUUUCAUCAAAACCCCAACCCGGGCCACGCCUCCCUGCCGCACCCAAAGAAAUCCGCUCAACAGAAAUCCUUCGACCAUCUCACUUCUUCCAAAUACAGCACGGUGUCUUACCGCAGGAUCAGCAAGGGCAACACACGCAAAAAGAUCGAGGAGUUUGAGUACAUGAUGAUGAAUUUGUAAGAUUUUCAGGACGCGAUCAAUUUCAACUACUAAAAUAUUCUGAAGCUGUUUGCAUUGUAAUAUGUGAUUGGAGAACAAUGUCAUACAGCCAUAUUUAAUAUUUUUCAUUUGAUGCUUUUAGGAUGAACCCAUCUGAUGUAAGCCAGGUUAUUUGAGCAGCAGAUUAAAGAAAUAAGAAGCCCGGAGCUUUAUAAUCCUACUGCCUAUAAUAACUAAGCUUCCAUAAGGUAUUAGAGCUUCAGUAUGUUAAACUCUUGAGUGAGGCACCGAGCAGUGAAUCCUUAAGCGGAGGUAUUUUCAAGUGAUUAACUACUUAUACGUGUUAAUGGUUUCUGUAUAUGAAUGAAAUAAAAAAAGAAAAAGACACAUGCUAUUAAA